CUUGCGUUCAACAAGUUCGUACGAGUCCAGUCCAGCCCAAAGGAGCCGCCCCAAAGCCAGUGACAAACGCGCUUAAAUAAACUACAACUAGCUUAAAUUCUCUGUCUUCGGAAGGCCCUCUUAUAUCCACAACUAUUUUCAGCAUGUCCUUUGCACAGUUCUUUGUCGCCUGCUGCCUGGCCAUUGUACUGGCGACUGUGGCCAAUACCCAAGCGGCAGCCACCCAGGGACCGCCCCUAUGCCAGUCGGGCAUUAUCGAGGAGAUGCCGCAGCACAUCAGGAAGGUGUGCAUGGCACUGGAGAACUCCGACCAGCUGACAUCGGCCCUCAAGUCCUACAUCAACAAUGAGGCUUCAGCUCUGGUGGCCAACUCAGACGAUCUGCUGAAGAACUACAACAAACGCACGGAUGUGGAUCACGUCUUUCUGCGUUUUGGCAAGCGUCGUUAGGAGCUGGAAGCAAAUGCCGGCCAGACACAGUAACCAAAUUCGACCUCGGACCCAACCACGACACGACCACACAGCAGGACCUUGACCAAAACGACAAAAGCGAGCGGCAAAAAGCGUUUCUGUUUCCACAGAGCACACAAUUGUUUUGUUUUUUUGGCGUCUCCAGCAUAGUUAUGUAAAUGUAAUCAAUGCCAAUGCCAAACACACAAAACUUAUUCAAUUGGAAGCUCUCUAGUUCAUUAAAUAGCAAAUCGAUGUAUCCAAUCCAGUGUCUCUACUAGAAAAAACUUGCACAUAAAAAAACCCAAAAAACAACACACACACACAUGCAUAUUUGUACAUACUCAAAGACCCCCGAAAAAACAUUCUAGCGAAAGUUGAUCUUUUUCCUUUCAAGUUUUCUUUUGGUUUUCUUUUUUUUUGUUACGCUUUGAUUUCUGUUUUGAUAUUUAUUAAUAUUCAUGAAUACAAAUGAAAUGUUACAGUUA